UUCAUGGUCGCAUUUUGUGGUUAGCAACAUUACAACCACUUUCGCUUUAUGCAUUGGCAGUACAGCUGUCUUGUUAAUGUGAUUUUUUUUAGUGCAAACAUGAGAAAAUUAAUUUUUUUGAUUUUCACAUCCAUUCUCACUUUAAACACCAUCACUAAAGCAGAUCCCUUAACUUUAGUAAGAGAUUUGGUUCAAUUUAAUAUAGCAGGUCAUCCGGUUUUACAUAAAUCAGUAGAAUGGCCCUUUGAUCCUGAUGUCGGUACAAGACGGUCCAGACAAUACCAAGAGCUAAAUGGUUAUUUGGGUGAAAAUGCUAUAGAAAGAUUGGGUUUGGGUAUAGACGGUUACGACAGAGAAAGGUUGGAACAGCAAAGGAAACGUGACGAUGGACAUUUGAAUGGUAUUGAUUAUUUGACGCCAUAAAAUAAAUGGAAAAUUAAGACACCAAAUUUUAAUUUUAUAUAAUUUUAAUAAUAUAAUUUCUAUACAAAAUAUUAAAAUAACUAUAAUACAUAACAAAAAAAGAGUAUUUUUAGUAUUCUUAGUUAAUUAUUUUAAAUCGUUAACAAGGCAAAACAGAUUUAGGUACUGCACAUUUAAACAAAUAAAUAAAUAUAAAUUUUAAUUAGUGGAUACAGAUUUGUCCAAUAGGUACACAGUAAAUUUUUGACACAGUAUUUUUCUUUAAAUUAAAAACUAAGUAAAUGCUCAGUGGGUAAAAUAUGAUAAAUACCUAUAACUAGUGAGUUAUUGCCUAAAACAAUAAUAACUGUUAAAUAUAUGAGAAUGAUACUUGGUUACUGAUAAUUCAAUCUGUUCUCGAUGUAGGUAUGUUACAAGGCAAAUUAUGAGUAACCCCGUAUAUUCUCCAUAUUAAUAUUUCACUACAAAUUAUAAAACACUUAAAUCCCUCAACCCUUAAAUUUUAACAUAAUUAUUGGGCAAGAAAAAUUAUUCAAAUUACAAACUAAUCACAGGUACACUUAAUUAACUUUCGUAAUAAGAAUCCAAAUUGGUUUCAUUGUGAAACACAUUUUUAAUAAAUAAAAUUAAUUGAUCAACGAUAUUUGGGUUCAAAAUCAAAUAAUAGUACAUUAAAAUACAAGUUUCAUAAGACGUCAUUUUAUCGCACGAGCCCUAUAUUAGAAAACGAGCCGGAGGCGAGUUUUCUAAAGGGCGAGUGCGAUAAAAUGUCUUAUGAAACGAAUAUUUUAUACUAUUUUUUCUAUUUUGGUAUUGUUUAAUUAAAAAAAACAAAUUUUUCUUGGAAGUUUUAUUCUCAUAUUUCCUGAUUUCAUAUGUUUAAGUUGGUAACACUGCAUGCCAAAUAUAGAAAUCUUCUAUUAUAAAAUCGCGAAUGACAGUUCGAUGACCAUCAGUCAGCCAGUGUAACCAACCUCCGAUAAGUAAAAAAGGAGUGUCUCAAAGAGCUUCUUUUCGAAACUACUUUUAGUGUCGAAAAGACUUCGAUAUGACACCCAAAUAGAAAAAAAUUGUUUCAAGUCUAAAGUCUUUCAGGGACGAUUAAACUGGUGAAUCAACACUUCAAUCACAGCGCAGAUUUGAGAAGGCAUAAUCAAAAAUUAUCUUAAGAAAAAUGCAUCAAGCUACUGCCAAGAAAUUUUGACCAUUGGAAUAACUUAAGCAACACUCAGAACAUGAAAUGAACAACCAAAACAAUGUGGGUCGUCUCAAUAAAGUAAGGCCAGUCCAAUCUAACUGAUCGAGAAAAUUUUAAUGCUUUUAAGUCAUCGCCAAUAAAGAAAGUUGAUGCUAAUUUAUCUAUUCAAGAACGACAUGUAGAUGUACUGGAAAUUAAUACGGACAAUGCAAUUAUUAGCGAUCACGAGUCACUGGUUCUAGUACGAAGAAUUCUGGAAUAUAUUGGGAUGUAACGGAAGAAGAAAAUAAUGAACCUUACCUUGAACUGGAAUUAAUGAAUAUGUCACUAGAAGUUUAUAGACCAAUGUGGCCAUCCGUCUUACCAACUGACCAAGAUGAACAUGCUGCUGACAGGCCUUAUAAGAGACCUCAUUGUGGUGUAUGGUACACGAGAAGAGCUUAUUUACCUCAAAGACUUACAACUUAACAAUAACUAUUGUGAUAAAACAAAGUGCAUAAAAAAAUAACAGUUUCUGAGCCAGAUUGAAAGAGACCUAAUAGGAAUUUUAAAAAAAUUAACGUUGAUUGGAGAUUCUGAUCUAAAUAAUAAAUUAAAGAUAUUAUGUACUAACUCAUCUACUAUUUAACAUGGAUAUUUAGGCUACAAACUGGUUAAUAUAAAAAUGCUCUAAUAACCUAGAAGAUUGAAAACUUUCCUAUAACAAAAAAAUUUCAGUUCUUUUCUAACAGCGCAUUACCAAUGGACGAAAGUCAUUUCUUUAUUCUACAGCUUUUACAGUAAAUAUUAUAUAAAUAUUUUCGAUAUAUUACUAUUUACGUCAUGUAUAGGUUUAAUUUGAAAAAUAUCUUGGCAAUAUGGUUACUUAAAUUACAUAAUCACACAACCUGUACUCUCAGGUAUAAGAGAAUCUUCAGCACCUUCAUCCUCGUUGGUAAUUUUUUCAUUUUUACCAACUUCACUUGUACUAGUACUCAAAACUUUGGGCACUACUACUGCACUACCAUUACUAAAGCUUUUUUUACUUUUAAUACUCCCUGUACUCGCGCUGGUGUCGACGUUUUGACUCGACUUUCGCGAACGAGGAUUUUGCAAAGUUACUUUGUUCAGAGUUGCAGAUACAGCUUGCUGAUAGUCGAUGAUUUGUUGAUGUUGGAUCUUGGUUUCCAGAAUUCUGGUUAGGACGGACAUCUGAUUUUGUAUGGCCAACAUAAAUGCUUUGUAUCCCAAACUAAAAGAGAAUUAGGAAUUAAUUUACUUU